AUGAGUCUCAAGAACGAACCCAACACGCUGGGCGAGAAGCAUCCCCACGAUGUUCCCGCCUAUGACAACGACAAGCUCGGGGAGCAUUCCUCCGGCCAGCAAUUCGGCCACGAUCCAGAGGAUGGUGCUGUCGUGGCAGGUACACAGAACGUGCUCCAUCAGGAUCUAAAGGGCAGACACAUGCAAAUGAUUGCCAUUGGUGGUGCAAUCGGUGCUGGUCUGUUCGUUGGUUCUGGCGGUGCUUUCCAGACGGGUGGCCCGGCUUCUGUGCUUCUUGGGUUCUUGAUUAUCGGUUCUUACCUCAUGAUGCAGGCCCUCGCCGAAUUGUCCGUCAUGUAUCCGGUCAAUGGUGCCUUCACCAUGUACAUCUGCCGUUUCGUCGAUCCCUCGCUGGGGUUUGCUUGCGCCUGGGAGUACGCCAUCAGUUGGCUGACCGUCCUUCCCUUUGAAAUCUCGGCUGCCUGCAACAUCAUCCACUACUGGCCCGGAUCGGAGGGUAUCAACAACAGUGCUUGGAUCGUCCCGCUGCUGGUCGCUUUGGUUGCCAUUCAGUUCUUCGGUGUGAGGGGAUAUGGCGAGGCAAGUUCACCGGACGUCGAGUUCGUCCUCAGUAUAAUCAAGAUUCUCGCCUGCACGGGUUUCAUCAUCCUUGGAAUAGUAAUCAACUGUGGUGGGGUUUCAACCGACCCCAGAGGCUACAUUGGUGCGGCAUACUGGCAUUCACCUUAUACCGCAUUCCUCAAUGGCUUCCACGGCUUCUGCAGCGUCUUCGUCACCGCGGCGUUCGCCUACACUGGCACUGAGCUAACCGGACUGGCUGCUGCGGAAACGGCCAACCCAAGAAAGGAGAUUCCGAAGGCCUCGAGACAGGUCAUCUUCCGUAUCGGUUUCUUCUAUGUGGUCAACCUUUUCAUCGUUGGUUUGAUCGUACCGGAGAACAGUCCCUUGUAUACUGGCGAAGGUUCCUCAUCGCGUCACUCACCUUUUGUCAUUGCAAUUCAGCUUGCUGGCAUAAAGGCCCUCCCAUCGAUUUUCAAUGCUGUCAUCUUGAUCGCUGUCAUGAGUGUCGCAAACUCGUGCACUUUUGGUUCGACUCGAACCAUUCAGGCUCUCGCUGCAAAUGGCAUGGCCCCCAAAUUCCUGGCCUUCAUUGACAAGAAGGGCCGUCCUAUAUACGUGGUCAUUCUCCAGCUUCUCUUCGGGUGCCUGGCAUUCAUCAAUUUGGCUAAAAAUGGCGGCACCAUCUUCAACUGGCUCUUGUCAUUGUCGGGUCUUUCCAUCCUCUUCAUUUACGGCUCUAUCGCUCUAGCUCAUAUUCGCUUCCGCAAGGCCUGGCUUGCCAACGGUCAUUCCUUGGAUGAGCUUCCCUUCCGGGCCGCUUUCGGCGUCUGGGGCUCGUGGGUGUGCUUGUUCAUCAACGUCAUUAGCCUUAUCGCCCAGUUCUACGUCGCACUGUAUCCAGUCGGCGGCCCCUACCUGGAUGCCGACACCUUUUUCCAACUCUACCUCGCCGGUCCUCUGCUCAUCUUCCUAUACGUGUGUUGGAAGGUCUACAGCUGGAAGUACCGGCCAUCCGACCGCCCAUGGUUCAUCAGAACGAGGGACAUUGAUAUCUACACGGGCAUGAGAGAGGAACAACGGCCCAUCAGUGGCCCAGGUAUCCCAGAGGAGGUGAGGCGCGCCAGCAUCGUUGAGUUGUACGGUGAAAAGAAGAAGAAGGGUAUCAAGCAUUAUGUUCUGUAUCCCAUCAAAAACCUCUUUUAA